GUUUACAGAAAAACGUCAUGAAAUGGGCAAAAAAAUCUUCAAGUUUGUCCGUCAUGUUGUUGUUUUGUGUUAGACUUUGAAGCGUUUGGUUUGGUCUAUCAAGUACUAAAAAUGCUAGCUUAAAAAGCUGACUAAUCAGCAUGAAGCUGCGAGUUCGGAUCAACCGGCAGACCAGCAAGGUGGAGCUGGUGUCAGAAGAACCCAGUCUGACUGAACUCAAAGAUCUCAUCAAGCAGAUGCUGCUGUCCUCUCAUGGACUCAGUGCCAACACAGACUUCAGUUUGUCUCUGAACGGGUCGGAGCUCCUGUCAGACUUGGAUCAGACUCUGGCAUCUUGUGGCAUCAUCUCAGGUGAUCUGAUCUGUGUCCUGCUUCCACAGCCUCUGGCCGCUGCAGUUGCACCCUCAGACCCGACCAUCAACUCCACCAACACAACCACUAACAGUCAGCAGACUGCCAGCCAAACCACUGGUCAGCAGGUCCUGGAUCAGCUGAUGAGUGGCACCGAGCCCCAACAGACCCCAGAGAUGGAGGAUUCUGGGCUGCCGCCACCCGUCUGGGAGCCCAUGCUGUGCAGCGAGGUGGAGGACGGUCAGGCUCCGCUCUCUCUGGACCUCCUCUAUCACACGGCCCGGACCACCAGCCCAAACGACGCCAUCAUGGUGGCCGCGCACCUCCUCAUGCUGGAGACGGGGUUCGCUCCGCAGGGCUGCGAGGUGAAGGCCGGGGAGAUGCCUGCAGGGUGGAGGUCUGCAUCCGGAGUCUACAGGCUACAGUACACUCAUCCUCUGUGUGAGAACAGCCUGGCCUCGGUGGUGGGCGUCGGCAUGGGACCCCUGCUGGUCGUCAACGCGACCCUGAAGGUGACAGAAACCAUCGAUUCAGUCCAAAAACUGCAGCUGAACGUGUCCAGCUACGUGACCAACGAGUGGCCAGGAGGAAGUGCAGCUGCAGCCUUCAAAGAUCUGAAGAAACUGUCUCGGAUCUUCAAAGACCAGCUAGCGUACCCGCUGAUUGCCGCCGCCAGAGAAGCCAUGGCUCUGCCGGUGGCGUUCGGCCUGCCGGUUCUUCCUCCGGAGCUCCUCCUCCGAGUCCUCCGGCUGUUGGACGCCCGCUCGGUGGUCAGACUGUCGGCGGCCAGCCGCCACUUCAACACCGCCGCCGCGGACUCCACGCUGUGGAGACACCUGUACCGCCGGGACUUCCCAGAUCCAGAUGGCAGCAGGUCCAGAGACACCGACUGGAAGGAGCUCUACAAAAAGACCUAUCAGAGCCGCUCUAGGCUCCGCCAUGUGCUCCAUCAUCACCCCCACUUACCGUUACCUUACCGGGACAUCAUCACGACGCCCCGCCCCUUCAUCCCUCCAAUACCAGGAAUCAUCGGGGGAGAGUACGACCAAAGACCGACUCUUCCCUACAGCCUGCUGCCCCGCCCCCGCUAUGACCCCAUCGGCCCGAUUGCAGAUCCCGGCGGACGGCCCCUGCGCAGACCGCCGCUGGGAGGACGAGCAGACGUCCGGCGAGGAUUCAUCUGAAGAUUCGUUCCAGGACUCUCAAUAAACAUGUGUGGUCACUUCCUGUUUGUUUUGUUUAAAUCAGCUGACAGACAGGUGAGGGUGUGGCCUAAAGGUGAGCAUGAGGCGAAGCUCCUCCCACUGCUGAACUGUUUGAAAUGAAAAUGUCGAGACAUGAUUCCUGUUUAUAUUCCAGAAUUUUGUGAUGCUUCAUUUUUCCAUUUUGCUUUUUGUAAUUUGUUCCUGGGAGAAUGAAAAAUGUUUGGAUUCAGGGCAGUGGAUUAAAACCAGUUUUACUUAAUUAAAACCAAUUUAACAAACCCAUCA